UUGUACCUUUCAUCACGACAUCUACCGAGAAAUGAUAGUAUAAUGUUAAAAAUCCACUAGUUGCCGAUAAAAGGAAAUCCGUGGAGUCUCUGGCUUAAUUUCACAAUAAAAGACACAAUUGCAAAUAAUUUGCUUGAAUAUGAAGGGGACAGUGCAAGAAUAGCUCACGGAUGCUGAUUUGACCAACGCUGUAAGGCUACGUUUAGAAGGCAGCCAUCUUGCAAUCCCUAAUCAAAGAUCUUCGGCUAGCGGCUAUCGCUGUCUGAUUUUCAGCCGGUUAAUAUCAACACACAGUUCAACAAAUGGCUUUAAAACGAAUUAAUAAGGAACUUCAGGACCUUGGUAGAGAUCCACCUGCGCAAUGCUCUGCUGGUCCUGUAGGAGAUGAUCUAUUCCAUUGGCAAGCAACUAUUAUGGGACCACCUGACAGUCCAUACCAAGGAGGAGUAUUUUUCCUUACAAUUCAUUUCCCCACAGAUUAUCCAUUUAAACCACCUAAGGUUGCUUUUACAACCAGAAUUUAUCAUCCAAAUAUCAACAGUAAUGGAAGUAUUUGUUUGGAUAUUUUAAGAUCGCAAUGGUCCCCAGCACUUACCAUAUCAAAGGUGUUAUUGUCAAUAUGCUCUUUGCUCUGCGAUCCAAAUCCAGAUGACCCUUUGGUACCAGAGAUAGCAAGGUUAUACAAAACUGACAGGGAGAAGUACAAUGAAUUGGCACGUGAAUGGACGCGCAAGUAUGCCAUGUGAUGCGUCAAUCUCCGUUGAUUUCAACAUCUAAAAACCACCAACAAGCAGCCCCAGCCUAUUGCCACUUAUGCAUCAGCACCGAUUGAAAUUAGCUAUGGCUCGUCUACUUUAAAACUUAAGCCAGUACUCGGGUUCGAAGAAUGCUCAGACAAACGUGAUCAAUCUGAAGUUCCCUUCGUACCGAGAGGCCUGCGAAUAUUGAGACGUUGCCACAAUGGCAAUUGAGGCAAUUUGAAAGGUGGUCACAUAACAUUAUAUAUAUAUAUAUAAAUCAGGAAAAAAAAAAGAAACAUGUCCGCUUUGAUUUUCAUAAAUAAAAAUGGAAGUAAAAUAUAGGAGAGUGAAAGUAGGAUUUGUAUUUGAAUUUAAUAGUUUAAUUUCUAAUUAUUGUGCUUAUAAUAUCGUAAUAUUAUAUACCUACUUUCUCAGUGAAAUGAAAACCUUGAACUGACAGCACACCGAUUGUUAGUUUUAACGCAAGUGAGCAAUGUUUGCCCGUCCCUUGGAACGAUGCGGUCACUUUUUUGUAAGACUGGGCUAUAUAUAAAUACUACUGAAACUAUA